AGUUCAUAUUUCCAAGUAUCAUCUGUAAAUGGGAAUUUGCGGUUCGAAGAAUCCGUCAAACAAGUCUCCAGGAUCCAAGGAGGGCCUGACGUCCAGUGGUUCGGCUCUUCAGAAGGGGGUUGCUGAGGGAGGUUUCGGUCGGGCUAACUUUAUCUUGGAUAACAAUGGAUCUCUGUUAGAGCACUAUGAUGUUGAUACGAAGAAGAUUGGGCAGGGAUCCUAUGGCUCUGUGACGAAAGCUGUCAAUAAGUCAACACAUGCGGUUCGUGCAGUUAAGACGAUAUCAAAGUCUCAUGUGAAGAAUAUUGAACGAUUCAAGCAAGAGAUAGCGAUUAUGAAGAUGCUUGAUCAUCCCAAUAUUAUCAAACUCUUCGAGACAUUUGAAGAUCAUCGUAACAUCUAUCUCGUUAUGGAACUCUGCACGGGAGGCGAACUCUUCGACAGGAUAAUCGAUGAGGGCCGUUUCACGGAGGUUCAAGCAGCUAUUGUUAUGCAACAGAUCCUCCGUGCUGUAUAUUAUAUGCAUGAGAACCAUAUCGCACAUCGUGAUUUGAAGCCAGAGAACUUCCUGUUCCUCAACAAGGAUCCAAUCGAGAAGUCUUGGGUGAAACUUAUCGACUUCGGUUUGAGUACUUACUUCGAUGGCACCGAUCUUAUGAAGACUAAGGCGGGGACACCAUACUAUGUGGCACCUCAAGUUUUGGCAGGCCGGUACGAUGAGGAGUGCGACCUGUGGAGUUGCGGCGUUAUCAUGUACAUCCUCCUGUGUGGUUAUCCUCCCUUCUAUGGCGAGACUGAUGCUGACGUUCUCACUAAAGUGCGGCUGGGGAACUACACGUUCAACGCUUCUGAUUGGAGGAAUAUAUCGGCCGACGCUAAAGAUCUCAUCCGGAAGCUCUUGAAGAUGAACCCGAGAGAGCGCUAUACUGCCGAACAAGCCUUGAAUCACCCAUGGGUGAGGAACCAUGCUCCCGGCGCAGAAGACGUCCCACUUGAGGGAGCUCAGAUGAACAAUUUGAAGUCCUUCCGAAGUCUUAAUAAGCUGAAGAAGGCAGCACUGAAUAUUAUUGCUCAACAAAUGCCGGAUGAGGAAAUUGCCCAGCUGAAAAAAGUGUUCACGUCCAUGGACAAGAAUGGAGACGGUCAGCUCACUGUACAGGAGAUGCUUGAGGGAAUACAGAAGUCUGGUCUUAAGGAUGUUCCAGAGGACCUUAUGGACAUCAUGAAACAGGUGGAUUCUGAUGGCUCAGGAGUGAUCGAUUACACAGAGUUCCUCGCAGCAACACUUGAUAAGAAGAAGUACAUCCAAGAGGAUCGUCUGUGGGGCGCCUUCAGAGUUUUCGAUCGGGAUGGUGAUGGGAAGAUUACUCGUCAAGAAUUGGCCGAGGUCCUGAACAACGGUGAUGUUGGUGACAUCGUCGAUGGCCACAUUGAUGAGAUUUUGAAGCAAGCAGACGCUAAUGGUGACGGCGAGAUAGAUUUCGAUGAAUUCGUAGCGAUGAUGGAGAAGCAGUAGGGCUCUCCUCCACAGUUUUGUAUGGGUAGGACUUUCGCUUGGUAGUGUUUUUGUUUCCAUUUCGCCGUAGUCGUUCUCACCAUGUAGGCCAUCAGGAUAGUAUUUGCAACGUGCAUAGCAAUUGGUUGCUUUUCUGCUAGUGUUCCUCUUGCCAUGCACAUCGCGGUUGCCCUUGAUGCCCCCCUUACUGAUGUUAUUUGCCAAGAUUUUCUCGUGACCUUCCCUAGUGUACGGUGGUUGUUCAUGCAGGAUUGAAACGCUACUGUUGCAGCUGACAGAUCCUCUUCUACGACCUACUGUAGACACCGGUGAGAUUUGUGGGUCGCCUU